AUGCCUAGAAAGUUUUUAGGUCAAAAAAUUGAAAGAGGAGUUGAUGUCCUCAGACCACCUUCUCUGACAUUAACUGCAGAGGAAUUAUAUAAGAUUCCUCCUAUUCCAAGUAGUGGCUCUGAAGAGUCCUUGAUUUUAAAUGAUAUGAAUAAUAAUAACAAUAUAAUUAACCCACAACAAAAGAAAUUGAAAAGAUUAUCUAAACAAUACGGUGGUACUAUUUAUUUCAAGAAAAGAUUAGAAUCUGUCCCAGAAAUUUUCCUUCAUGAUUUUAAGAAACGUCAAAAUAAAGAACAGGACAAAUCAAAUCACAUUCCUGCUCAAUUAUUAUCCGUUGAAAGAAUGCCUGUAAUUAAAGAAAACAACCUUAAAAGACAAAAUAGUAUUCAUAAUAAAAAGCGUGUAUUACAAAGAAACUCUCGACAAGUAUCACAAGGUAUAGCAUAUAGAUAUUGCUCCGAACGUUCACCAACAGCGACAUCUAAUUCACACAAAAUUCAACCUCCAAAAGUUGUUAUUCAAUCUCCGGAAAUGCCACAUUCAAGACCAAAGAGGACUAAUCAAAAAGGUAAUUUGAGUUUAUAUCAUCCAGGGUAUAGUAGAAGCACAAAUGAAAUUCUGUUUGAUGAAAUAUUAGACGCAUAUUGUGCAGAUGAUGAUAGUCGGUCAAUCCCUUCUAUUGAUGAGGAUACUAUCCCAUUCAAUCAAAACAAAACAUCUGUUUUGAAUUCAGAAAUUGAAAGAGUAUUGGAACACGUACAAAAAAGGCAAAACAUUGUUGAAAUGAAUAAAAGAAUUAAGCCACGGGAUGAUGACCUGAUCGAAGGAGAACCAAAUAAAAAAAUUGAUUCAGAUACAUCAUCAUUUGAAUCUUGUUUGCAUCAUGUUAAGCAUUUAAGCGAUCUUAUAUCCAGUCAUGAUGAAUCGAAUGGAAGUAAUUCUGAAGUAUGGACAGAGGAUGAGGCAGAUGUAGUGUCAUCUAGCUCCGCAACAGAUGGGUAUGAAACCGCUCAGGAUACAUUACCAUCUAGUUUAGAUAUUGCAGAUUUGACCAUACAUGAUAUUCCAACAGUUUCCUUAGAAAAUGGAGUCUCCACACCAUUGAAUAAUACAUUAAAAACAAUGCAUUGUCAUAAAUUCACAAUUGAUCCUGUAAUAUUUGAUUUUGAUUACGAUGAUUUUGAAUUAACUAAUAGCAAAUAUACCAACGAAGAUAUAAAAACUGGUAAAAUGAUUACAUAUAACCAAAUUCCCUCGACACAUAUAGUUCAUUCAAGUAUCUCAUCUUCAGAAAGUUCCGACAUAAUUGAUGACUUACAAGCUAAGAUCGACAGAAUAUCACUUGUAGACUCAGAUAAUACCCCAAGUACAACGAGUAGCAUCUAUUCUUAA